AUGGGUCUUUUGAAGUUGGCGGAGAAGCAGCAACAGGAAGUCGCGGCGUCUGAGCCGCGGCCCCACCGCUGCGAGAACUGCGGGACGUCCUUCGCGAAGCGGAGCAACGUCGCCCGACACCAGCGCUACCACUGCGGCGCGACGAGCCGGCCCGAGCAGACGGAGCGAGAGACGGAGCGAGAGACGGAGCGAGAGGCGGAGCGAGAGGCGGAGCGAGAGGCGGAGCGAGAGGCGGAUCCGUGCGACAAACGCGGCCGGACCCUCCGGAGUAAACGCGCGCCCGCUCCCACCGAGGACGGCGAACACCCCAAGCGCAAAAAAGAACCGCCCGAGGCGGCGAGGCCGCGCGAGAGACGCCACGUCUGCACGCAGUGCGACAAGAGCUUCUACAUGCCGCACACCCUCCGGCAGCACCUGCUCACCCACACCCGGGAGAGGCGCUACAGCUGCGACGUGUGCCGGAAGCAGUUUGGGCGGCCGGGCACCCUGAAGCAGCACCUGCUCGUCCACACGGCGGAGAGGCCGUUCAAGUGCGAGGAGUGCGGCAAGGCGUGCGCCCGGAAGGGCGACCUGAAGACGCACAUGCUCAGCCACUCGGAGGAGCGCCCGUUCAGCUGCGGGCGCUGCGACGUGAGCUUCAAGCAGCUGGCCAAGCUGCGGCAGCACGAGCGCGUCCACACGGGCGAGAGGCCGCACCGGUGCAAGCUGUGCCCGAAGCGCUUCCGGCUGCGCGCCUCGCUGGCGGCGCACCGGCUCACCCACUCGGGCGACAAGCCCUUCGAGUGCGGCGUGUGCCACCGGGCGUUCAGCGGCCGGAGCAACCUGAAGAAGCACCAGAUGAUCCACAGUGGCGAGAAGCCGUACCAGUGCGCCUACUGCGGCAAGGCGUGCCGCCUCCUGCAGCACCUCGUGGCCCACGAGCGCAGCCACACGGGCGAGAAGCCGUACAAGUGCGCCGCGUGCGGCAAGGGCUACUCGCACCCGUCGACGCUGAAGGCGCACCUGUCGUCGGCGCACGAGGAGAAGCCGCCGCGCUGCCCCCUGUGCGGGCUGGCCUUCGCCGGGCUCGCGGAGCUGUCCGCGCACCUGUGCGGCGCGCCGGCGGCGGCGGAGAAGCCGCACCGCUGCGCCGAGUGCGGCAAGUGCUUCUCCCUGGCGGCGAAGCUGAAGAGCCACCAGACGAUCCACUCGGGGGAGAAACCCUUCGACUGUAAACACUGCGCGAAGCGGUUCAACCACAGGAGCAACCUCGCCAAACACGUCCGCAUCCACACGGGCGAGAAGCCCUUCGGGUGCGAGCGCUGCGAGAAGCGCUUCCGGCUCCGCCAGCAUCUCACCAGCCACCGACUGACACACAAACAUUAA